CGGAGCCCGAGGCUCCGCCCCCAGCCGUCUCCAAGGUGACCAGUGUGUUUCUCUUCCCCCUCCCCCGCUUCCAUCCUUGAGCCCAGGAGCUGGGGCAGUUCGCAGGCCUACGGCCAUCAGUGCCCCCAACUUGUUCCGAGUCCUCCAAGCCCAGGAAGAUCUCGGCCCGGAGCCAGCGCCCAGGUACCUUGCCAUCCCGUCCCCCCACCUGCCACGGCUGCUCUGCCCGGCCCUGCCAGCCCUGCCUGGCCUUCUCCAUCUCUCAGCGCGGCAGGGCUCCUGCCUUGACGACGCUGCCUGUUCCGGCCUCACCUGGUGCUCUUGCUGUCCCAGGGCUCCAGCCGGCCUGAACUUUUCAUGUCAUCCAGAGGGAAGGAGGGGGCAGAGACAUUGCCCCCAAGCCUGCAGGGGAACCUGCUCACACCAUCAGCCUUGGGGGUCGGGUUGAGGGUGGGAGUGGGUGGGCGUCUGGGGCCUGUUUUGACUCAGACAUGUGAGCACAUGACCCUUGUAGUACAGAAAUAAAACAAAGCGUCUUACUGUUUUAAAAAUCUUUAUGACUGCUUUUGGUCUUUGUAUCAUCUUCAUUUCCAAACAACCUUCCUUUACUCAGUGAAGCACUCCUUCUAAGAAAGGAAAGGGGGAAAGCAUUGCAGUGCCGAGGUCACUGACAAUGCCUCUGAUCCUCAGUUUCCUCAUCUGUAAUUUGGGCAGGUUGAACCACAGAGUCUCCUAGGGCACUUCCGGCUCUAGACGUUGACCCAAAGAACUGCCCAACAAAGCAGCCUGUCUAACAGUAUGCGGUGCUCUGAACCCAUAGUCCCCCUCCUCUACAAAGAAGGGAGGAUGGGAGUGACCUGAAUUUUUUCUUCUCCUUUCUAGGGUCCCCCAGAAUAAAGCCCCGUUUUAAGUAAAGCAAAGCAUCGAGUUCCUUUAGUUAGCUGGACUCAAUCAAUCAGCUUAGCUAUUGAUUUCACUGGUAUUUUUGGGAAAAUGGGUUCUCUUCUUCCUCCCCUCCUCCCCACCCCUCAACUUUUUUAAAAGAAAACUGAUUCUUAAAGACACUGUGUGCCUCUUUGGGGUUGAUAAGCUGUUGAGAAUCCAUCAUCUCCGGUAUUUCUUGGAAGGGGCUGAUCACAACACAUCCAUACUGGUUUGUACAGAUUAAGUCCUUAUAAUAAAUGGUCAUCACCUUCCUGAUGUCAUUGGUCCUCUUUGAGAACAAAGGACAAACAUGAGCCCUUGGCACUUGUACGAAUUCUAAAGGGUCCACCCAACAGGCAGGAGGCUUCAUCCUUUCCUUACAUUCUGAGGGUCCCAGUGGAGCCCUGAAUCAACCCAGCAGUUGGAGUAAAUGCCAAACCCAAGUAGAAUUGGUCUUUGUUAGUGGCCUUUGUUAGUGUCUCCAUGCGGAAACCCUUGUGAACAUUAGGGGCAAUUCUCUUCCUUUCCUAAUCCAGGUAAAUUGUAUGAAUUUUUUUCUUCACGGAGUAAGAAGCAUUGAAAUCUGAACUCAGGGAGCCCAAGAUGUCGGACGAUGAAGAAAAAGAAGAUAAAGACACGAUUACUGCCGAGAAGGAAGCCCUGAACCUGAAGCUGCCUCCCAUCAUGUAUCCUUCUGAAGACAUAGGGACUGACAGCCCACUGCAAAGUAAGCUCUUGAAAUUCAGGAGAACCAAGGACCAGGCGAAGAGGCUCAAUCAGAUCGUAACUGUUGGAGCAAUAAAAAAACAUGUGAGAGUGUCAGAGGAAAAGAAAAAAAGAAGCUUGAGAGCCCCAGAACCCAAGUACCCUUCCACUAUGUACAGUGACCUAAGAAGAAGAGGCGAGAACUAUAUUUUUAUGAAAAAAUGUGUAGAGAGUCACCCCAUCGUCCCCAUUCAGAGGGAGUGGCUGGACAAUAUGUUGGAGCUGGUGCCUCAGUCAUUGAAGAAUGGCCGAGAGCGAGAGCAGCUGGUGGAGAAUCUCCUAAACGAGGUCACAACCGAAUUUGAAAGGAGUAUGAAGAGAUACUUGGUACAAAGUGUUCUUGUGAGACCGCCAGUGUCGUGGCUGGAAGACGAGGGAGGACGGUUACUGGAAUCACCUCUUGGCCUGGAUUAUUCCAAACCUUGGCACAGCAGUUAUCUCCAAGCCAGAAACCAGAUCUCUGAGAAUUUGCACGUUCUUCAUCCCACCCUGAGGACCUUGCUGGACCUGGGCUACACAACAUUCGCCAACAGGCUUUUACUGGACUUAACAGGGUUCAGAGCUAAAGGUCCCAUGGAUUGCGAAAGUUUGAGAAAUGAUGUGUCUAUCAAUGCCAGAAAAACAGAGGAGAAAUUAAUGAAUACCUGGUAUCCCAAGGUGAUCCAUAUCUUCACCAAGAAGGAAGCUCAUGAUGACAUUAAAGCAGAAAAAUUGGAUUCUUUCUAUAACUGUGUGUCCACACUGAUGUCGAAUCAGCUGAGAGAUCUCUUAAAGAGAACGGUGGAAGGAUUUGUAGAUCUCUUUGAUCCUAACGACAGAAAAUGGCUGCCAAUAUUCAAGAUGGAGUUGACAUUUGAUGAUGAGAAAAUGGACUUUUACCCGACUUUUCAAGAUUUACAAGAAGUCGUGGGAGGUGUGGUGGAUUGGAUUGGAGAAACGCUGAAGAAUGUUCAGACUGUCCAGUCUUGGCUGGCAGGUGGACCCACAACCGUGAAACUUAGCACAGACCUUCCUGACCACAUAUUGAAUGGGGCCUUUCAUACUCUGAGGGAAGCAGUGAACCUGAAUUUACAAGGACCGAAGGAGCACUUUAAUGAAUACGUUGAAAAAUAUAGUUGGCUUAUCAAUGGGACUGCGGUUGACCAAAUACAAACAUUUCAGGCAGAGGAUCACACUUUUGACGAGUACACUGAGCUGAUAGAAUACUUUUCAAACCUUGCUAAAGAAAUCAUGAUGCUGCCGAAUUUGGCUCACUUCCCCAUGGUGCGUUUGGACUGUGAUGAUUUGAAGGAGGGACUGGUAAAUAAAGUAAAAAGCUAUGCAAAUUUGCUCUUGAAUGACAUAGCUACAAAGCACAGAAAUGAAAAUGAGAGUAUUUGCAUCGAAUUUGAAAAUAUUAAAGAACAUGCACUGAAAGUUCCUGAAACAACAGAGGAAAUGAUGGAGCUGAUAAGCUAUGUGGAAAAUGCCAGGACUAAAGGUGUCCAGGAACUGGCGCUAAGAAUCCAGGAAUGCCAGCGCCGGAUGAAUUACUUGUUGGAUGUUUUCAUAUUUCCCCCUGAGGAUUUAGAUUUAAAUGCCAGAGUUCUCCUGUGGCCCCAGAACAUUAAUCCCAUCUUCGAUGAAAAUGAUGAGCUCAUUGAGAAUGCCAAGCGGAAAGGCGAGACCGACUUGGUGACCAAGAGGGAAAAACUUAUUCUGGAGGUUGAAAAGGAAACUCGGCGCAUGGGAGAGUUUAUGGAAUAUGCAGAGUUGGAGCGGAUGCAGCAGUAUGUGACGGAUGUGAGAGUGCUGCAGAAACGUAUUCAAGAGGCAGAAGAUAUGGUGGCUUUCAUUAAUAAAGAAGAGGGACUCUUGAAGUGGGAAUUGACAAAAUACCCAGAACUGGACAAGCUGAAAGUCAGUGUGGAGCCGUAUCAGAAGUUCUUUUCUUUCAUUUUGAGGUGGCAGCGGACAGAAAAACGGUGGAUGGAUGGAGGCUUUCUGGACCUUAAUGGAGAAAGCAUGGAAACUGAUGUGGAUGAAUUUUUUAGAGAAAUUUACAAGAGCCUGAGGUUCUUCCAGUUGAAGCAAAAGAAAGAAGCCCAAGAAAAAAGAAAGGCAGCAGGAAAGCGAUCUGUAAUAGAUGAGAAAAUAGAGGAAGACAUUAAAGAUAACCCGACAGUAGUGAUGUGUUCUGCGGUCAUGGAGCAGAUCAGAAGCUUCAAGGAAUACAUCCCUACUGUCACAAUCCUGUGUAAUCCAGGUUUGAGAGCUCGCCACUGGAAAGAGAUGUCGGAAAUUGUAGGAUAUGAUUUAACUCCGGGUUCAGGGACCACUCUCAGAAAAGUAUUAAAGCUAAAUCUUGCCCCGUACCUGGAAAAAUUUGAAGUCAUCAGUGCUGGGGCGAGCAAGGAGUUUUCCUUAGAGAAAGCCAUGCACGUUAUGAUCAACACAUGGGAUGACAUCACCUUUCACAUCAGUCCGUAUCGAGACACGGGAGUCAGCAUCCUUUCUGCCGUGGAUGAGAUUCAGGCCAUCCUGGACGAUCAGAUCGUCAAGACUCAGACGAUGAGAGGCUCCCCCUUCAUUAAGCCAUUUGAAAAAGAGAUCAAGGCCUGGGAGGACCGUUUGAUUAGAAUCCAAGAAACCAUUGAUGAGUGGCUGAAAGUUCAGGCUCAGUGGCUGUACCUGGAGCCCAUCUUCUGCUCUGAGGACAUCAUGCAGCAGAUGCCCGAGGAGGGGCGCCAGUUCCAGACGGUGGACAAACAUUGGAGGGACGUCAUGAAGUAUUGUGCCAAAGACCCAAAGGUCCUCGCUGCCAUGUCUUUGACAGGCUUGCUGGAGAAGCUGCAGGACUGCAGUGACCUUCUGGACAAAAUCACGAAAGGACUGAAUGCCUACCUGGAGAAGAAGCGCCUUUUCUUCCCCCGUUUCUUCUUCUUGUCCAACGAUGAGAUGCUUGAGAUCCUGUCCGAGACCAAAGACCCGCUCCGGGUGCAGCCACACCUGAAGAAGUGCUUCGAGGGCAUCGCCAAGCUGGAGUUCCUGCCCAACCUGGACAUCAGCGCCAUGUACAGUGCCGAGGGCGAGCGGGUGGAGCUCAUCUCCCUCAUCUCCACGGCUCAGGCCCGAGGAGCUGUCGAGAAGUGGCUCAUUCAGGUGGAGGACCUGAUGCUGAAGAGCGUCCACCAAGUCAUUGCCUUGUCCUGGGUGGCUUAUCCACAAUCAGAAAGAAAAGACUGGGUACGAGAAUGGCCUGGCCAGGUUGUACUUUGUGUCUCUCAAAUGUACUGGACAAUUCAAACUCAAGAAAGUAUAAGCAGUGAACCAGAGGGCUUAAAGUCAUACUACAAGCACCUUCAACUUCAGCUCAAUGACAUCGUGAGCCUGGUGCGAGGGAAAUUGUCUAAACAGACCAGGAUCACUCUUGGUGCUUUGGUCACUAUUGAUGUGCACGCCCGGGAUGUUGUCAUGGACAUGAUUGAAAUGGGGGUCUCAACUGAUACAGAUUUCCAGUGGCUUGCUCAACUACGAUAUUAUUGGGAGUGGGAGAAUGUCCGGGUUCGAAUCAUUAACUGCAAUGUCAAAUAUGCCUAUGAGUACCUUGGCAACUCACCUCGUCUUGUCAUCACUCCUCUAACGGACAGAUGCUACCGGACCUUGAUAGGAGCCUUUUAUUUAAAUCUUGGUGGAGCUCCUGAGGGCCCAGCGGGCACAGGAAAAACUGAAACUACUAAGGACUUGGCCAAAGCCUUGGCUGUCCAGUGCGUUGUCUUCAACUGCUCCGACGGCUUAGACUACUUGGCCAUGGGAAAGUUUUUUAAAGGUUUGGCCUCUUCUGGUGCGUGGGCGUGUUUUGAUGAAUUUAAUCGAAUUGAGCUGGAAGUCUUGUCUGUGGUUGCUCAGCAGAUCCUUUGCAUCCAGAGAGCCAUCCAGUUGAAACUGGAGGUGUUUAAUUUUGAGGGGACAGAGUUGAAGCUCAAUCCCAACUGUUUUGUAGCAAUUACCAUGAAUCCUGGCUAUGCUGGGCGCUCUGAACUGCCAGACAACCUCAAGGUUCUCUUCCGGACGGUGGCCAUGAUGGUGCCCAACUAUGCCCUCAUUGCGGAAAUCUCUCUCUACUCCUACGGGUUUCUAAAUGCCAAACCUCUGUCAGUGAAGAUUGUGAUGACCUACAGGCUGUGCUCGGAACAGCUUUCAUCCCAGUUUCAUUAUGACUAUGGCAUGCGAGCUGUCAAAGCGGUGCUGGUGGCGGCUGGGAAUCUCAAGCUGAAAUUUCCAAAUGAAAAUGAAGAUGUCCUUCUUCUUCGAUCGAUACAGGAUGUGAAUGAACCUAAGUUUCUGUCUCAUGACAUACCCUUGUUUAAUGGGAUAACAAGUGACCUGUUUCCUGGUGUCAAGCUCCCAGAAGCUGAUUAUAAUGAUUUUCUGGAAUGUGCUUAUGAGUGCUGCAGGGCGCACAAUCUUCAGCCUGUUAAAGUAUUUCUCGAUAAAAUGAUUCAGACAUAUGAAAUGAUGAUUGUCAGACAUGGGUUCAUGCUUGUUGGGGAACCUUAUGCGGGGAAGACGAAGGUUCUGCAUGUGUUGGCUGACACGCUGACGCUUAUGAACGAGCGUUCAUAUGGAGAGGAAGAGAAGGUCAUUCACAGGACGGUGAACCCCAAGUCGAUCACGAUGGGCCAGCUUUUUGGCCAGUUUGAUCCCGUGUCUCAUGAGUGGACAGAUGGUAUUGUUGCCAAUACCUUUAGAGAAUUUGCCCUGUCAGAGACCCCGGACCGCAAAUGGGUGGUCUUUGAUGGGCCCAUUGAUACGUUGUGGAUUGAAAGCAUGAACACAGUAUUGGAUGACAACAAAAAGCUUUGCCUGAUGAGUGGGGAGAUCAUUCAGAUGUCUGCUCAGAUGAGCCUCAUCUUUGAAGCCAUGGACCUUUCCCAGGCCUCGCCUGCCACUGUCAGUCGCUGUGGUAUGAUCUACAUGGAACCCCUCCAACUAGGCUGGCAGCCGCUGGUCACCUCUUGGUUGCACACCCUGAAGGAGCCUCUGGACAGAAAGGAAUACCAGGAUCUAUUGCAAGAACUCUUUGAUUGGUUGACACCCUCGGCCCUGCGGAUUCGUCAGAAAAAAUUCAAGGAGCUGAUUCCCACGAGCAACAGCAACGUGGUCGUCUCUCUCACUCGCCUCUUUGAGGUCUUGCUCUGUAACGUGGCAGCCGAAGACCCGAACAGUAAACACAUCCGUGUUUGGAUCAUGGCCUGCUUUAUAUUCUCUUUGAUUUGGUCUGUUGGAGGAACCUGUGACACGGAUGGACGCCUUGUCUUUGAUAGUUUUAUCAGAGAAAUUAUAACAGGAAAGAAUGAAGAACACCCAAUACCACCUGCAGUGGGCAAAUGGGAAUGCAACUUUGAUGAAAGAGGCCUGGUCUAUGACUAUACUUAUGAGAUGAAGAACCGAGGCCGGUGGGUCCACUGGAAUGAAUUAAUUAGAUCUUCUUCUUUAGGAGAUAAAAAAACCAAGAUUCAGGAAAUUAUAGUCCCUACGAUGGACACAAUCAGAUAUACUUUUUUAAUGGACUUAUGUCUUACCUAUGAGAAGCCACUGCUUUUCGUGGGUCCAACAGGUACUGGGAAAUCAGUCUAUGUGAAGAAUAAACUCAUGCACCAUUUGAACAGGGACCGAUAUUUUCCAUUCUUUGUUAAUUUUUCUGCAAGGACCAGCGCCAAUCAGGUUCAGAAUAUUAUCAUGGCGAGGCUGGACAAGAGGCGCAAAGGAGUGUUUGGCCCUCCGAUGGGAAAGAAGUGUGUGAUAUUUAUAGAUGAUAUGAAUAUGCCAGCAUUGGAGAAAUAUGGCGCUCAGCCGCCAAUUGAAUUAUUACGCCAGUUUUUCGACUAUGGAAAUUGGUAUGAUUUGAAGGACACGACUAAAAUUCUACUGAUCGACAUACAGUUGAUUGCUGCCAUGGGCCCACCAGGUGGGGGGAGGAAUCCCGUCACACCUCGAUUCAUCCGCCAUUUUAACAUUUGCUCCAUUAACACCUUCAGUGAUGAAACCAUGGUCAGGAUCUUCUCUGCCAUUGUUGCUUUCUACCUAAGGACUCGUGAGUUCAUGCCAGAGUACUUUGCUGUUGGAAAUCAAAUUGUCAGUGGGACUAUGGAGAUCUAUAAACGGUCCAUGGAGAAUCUGUUGCCCACCCCGGCCAAGUCUCACUACACAUUCAACCUGCGGGAUUUCUCCCGGGUCAUCUUGGGCUGUCUGCUCAUCAGUAAGGAAGUGGUGGAGAGCAAGCACACAAUGGUGCGGCUCUUUGUCCAUGAGGUCCUGCGCGUGUUCUACGACCGCUUGGUGGAUGACUAUGACAGAGCGUGGCUGUUUCAGCUGAUCAAGGCCGUCAUAAAGGACCACUUCAAAGAGAACUUUGACACCGUCUUCUCACACCUGAGGAAGGAGAAUGCCCCGGUAAAAGAGGAAGAUUUAAGAAGUCUCCUGUUUGGAGAUUACAUGAAUCCAGAUCUUGAAGGAGAUGAAAGAAUUUACAUAGAAAUUCCAAAUGUGAAGCAUUUCAGUGAUGUGGUGGAGCAGUGUUUGGAAGAAUAUAACCAGACUCACAAGACGAGAAUGAACCUUGUCAUUUUCAGGUAUGUGUUGGAACACCUAUCUCGAAUUUGCCGCAUCCUGAAGCAGUCUGGUGGAAAUGCUUUACUGGUUGGUCUGGGAGGAAGUGGCCGCCAAUCUAUGACCCGUCUUGCCACAUCUAUGGCAAAAAUGCAUAUGUUUCAACCAGAAAUUUCCAAGAGCUAUGGAAUGAAUGAAUGGAGAGAUGACCUCAAGAACCUGCUGAGAAGUGCAGGAAUGAAGGGCUUGAAGACAGUCUUCCUCAUCACAGACACGCAGAUCAAGGAAGAAGCAUUCUUAGAGGAUGUUGACAGUGUACUCAACACUGGAGAAGUCCCAAACAUCUUUGCAGCGGAUGAAAAACAGGAAGUGAUGGAGGGUGUUCGCCCGGCAGCCCAGGCCGGCAUCAAGCAUGGUGAGCUCAGUCCCUUGGCCCUGUUUGCCUUCUUUGUGAAUCAAUGCCGAGACAACCUCCAUGUUGUCGUCGCCUUCAGUCCCAUCGGUGAUGCUUUUCGCAAUCGCUUGAGGCAGUUCCCGUCCCUCAUCAAUUGCUGCACCAUUGACUGGUUUCAGCCGUGGCCUGAAGACGCCUUGGAACGUGUGGCCGUUAAAUUCUUGGAGACCCUGGAGCUCACCAAAAACGAGAGACUAGAAGUGGUUCCCAUCUGUAAACACUUUCACACGUCCAUUAUGGAUCUCUCAGCAAGGUUCUUGCAAGACUUGGGACGACAUAACUAUGUGACUCCUACAUCUUACCUGGAAUUGAUUGCAGCGUUCCAGCAGCUUUUGACCCAGAAGCGCCAGACCGUCAUGAAAGCCAAAUUCAGAUACACCAAUGGGCUUGAUAAAUUAGAUUUUGCUGAAUCCCAGGUUGGUGAGAUGAAGCUAGAACUGGUUCAGCUGCAGCCCAAACUGGAGGAGGCCAAAGUGGAGAAUGCCAACAUGAUGAAGGUGAUCGAGGUCGAGUCUGCCCAGGUAGAAGCGAAAAGCAGGUUUGUGAAAAUAGACGAGGAGUUGGCUACCGGGAAGGCCGAAGAAGCCCAGGCCCUCAAAAACGAGUGUGAGAGUGACCUCGCCGAGGCCAUCCCCGCCUUGGAAGCCGCCCUCUCUGCGCUGGACACGCUCAAGCCCGCUGACAUCACUAUUGUGAAAUCCAUGAAAAAUCCUCCAUCUGGAGUCAAGCUUGUGAUGGCUGCUAUUUGUGUCAUGAAGGACAUCAAACCGGAGAAAAUCACAGAUCCUGCAGGAACUGGGGGCAAGAUCUUGGAUUAUUGGGGCCCCAGCAAAAAAGUCCUGGGAGACAUGAAUUUCUUAAGAGAUCUGAAAGAAUAUGACAAGGACAACAUUCCGGUGUCUGUUAUGCAGAAGAUUCGAGGUGAAUACCUAACAAACCCUGAGUUUGACCCCCCUAAAGUGGCCAAGGCGUCUUCUGCAGCUGAGGGUCUGUGCAAAUGGAUUAUGGCCAUGGAGGUCUAUGACAGAGUUGCAAAGGUGGUUGCUCCCAAGAAAGCCCGUUUAGCAGAAGCCCAGAAGUCCCUGGGAGAGACAAUGGCUCUUCUGAAUCAGAAGAGAGCAGAGCUCAAGGCCGUGGAGGAUCGCCUGGCCAAUUUACAGCAGACUUUCCUUGAAAAGACCGAGGAAAAAGUCCGGCUGGAAGAUCAGGUGGAGCUCUGUGCAAAGAAGUUGGAGAGAGCGUCCAAACUAAUUGGUGGACUGGGUGGAGAAAAAACAAGAUGGUCUCAUGCAGCAGAUGACCUUCAAAACACUUACGACAACCUGACAGGAGAUGUUUUGAUAUCAGCAGGAGUCAUUGCCUACCUGGGUGCUUUCACUGCAGGCUUCCGACAUGAUUGCACGAAGGACUGGAGUAGGUUGUGUAAGGAAAAAGAAAUCCCUUGCUCCGAUGAUUUCUCCCUGAGUAAGACUCUGGGAGAUCCAGUCAAGAUUAGAGCCUGGAAUAUUGCUGGAUUACCAACGGAUGCGUUCUCUAUAGACAAUGGUGUGAUUGUUAGCAAUUCCAGGCGUUGGCCUCUAAUGAUUGAUCCCCAGGGUCAAGCCAACAAGUGGAUUAAGAACUCUGAGAAGGAAAACCAACUAAGCAUGAUUAAACUCUCAAAUUCAGACUACAUGAGGACAUUGGAAAAUUGCAUUCAAUUUGGUACCCCGCUUCUUUUAGAAGAUGUUGGAGAAGAGUUAGAUCCUUCUUUGGAGCCCUUACUGCUUAGACAAACGUUUAAACAAGGAGGCAUUGAUUGCAUCAGGCUCGGGGAAGUCAUUAUUGAGUAUUCCUUUGAUUUCAAAUUCUACAUCACCACAAAGCUGAGAAAUCCACACUAUAUGCCUGAGCUGGCCACCAAGGUUUCUCUGCUCAAUUUCAUGAUAACACCAGAAGGACUUGAAGACCAAUUGUUGGGUAUUGUGGUCGCAAAGGAGAGACCAGAAUUAGAAGAAGAGAGAAAUGCUCUGAUUCUCCAGUCUGCUGCCAACAAGAAACAGCUGCGCGACAUAGAGAGCAAGAUUCUGGAAACUCUUUCAUCCUCGGAAGGGAACAUUUUGGAGGAUGAAAGUGCAAUCAAAGUCUUAGAUUCCGCAAAACUCAUGUCCAAUGAGAUCUUAAAGAAACAGCAGAUUGCAGAAAAAACAGAAAUCAAAAUAGCGGAGUCGAGAGAAGGCUAUCGGCCCAUCGCGAAGCAUUCCUCGGUGUUAUUCUUCAGCAUCGCAGACCUGGCCAACAUCGAUCCCAUGUACCAGUAUUCCCUCAGCUGGUUCGUUAACCUUUACGUCAACUCGAUUCAUGAUAGUAACCGAUCCAAGAUUUUGGAAAAGCGCCUGCGUUACUUAAAUGACCAUUUCACGUAUAACUUAUAUUGCAAUGUGUGUCGGUCCCUGUUUGAGAAGGACAAGCUGCUCUUCUCCUUUUUGCUGUGUGCUAACCUACUUUUAGCCAAGAAAGAGAUCGAAUAUACAGAAUUCAUGUUUCUUUUGACUGGUGGAAUUGGCCUUAAGAGCCCUGAGGGGAACCCUGAUCCUACUUGGCUACAAGAAAAAAGUUGGGAAGAGCUGUGCCGGGCCAGUGAAUUACCAGCCUUUAAAGAUCUCAGGGAACAUUUCCUGAAAAAUAUUGGAGACUGGCAUGAAAUCUAUGACAGUAAAGAACCACAUAUGGUUCCUUUCCCCAAACCAUUGGACACAGACCUGAAUGAGCUGCAAAAGAUAAUUGUGCUUCGUUGCUUAAGACCUGAUAAGAUUAGCCCAGCUAUAACGAAUUAUGUAACUGAUAAACUGGGAAAGAAGUUUGUUGAGCCUCCACCUUUUGAUUUGGCAAAAAGUUAUUUAGACUCAAACUGCACCAUCCCCCUCAUCUUUGUGCUGUCUCCAGGAGCAGACCCCAUGGCCAGCCUUCUGAAAUUUGCAAAUGAUAAAAAUAUGUCUGGAAACAAGUUCCAAGCCAUCUCAUUAGGACAGGGGCAGGGGCCAAUUGCAGCAAGAAUGAUCAGAGAAAGCAUGGAGGAAGGAACAUGGGUCUGCUUACAGAACUGCCAUCUUGCUGUGUCCUGGAUGCCAAUGCUCGAAAAAAUAUGUGAAGACUUCAGCAUCGAGACCUGCCAGCCAGCCUUUCGGCUUUGGCUUACAAGCUAUCCAUCUGAAAAGUUUCCAGUAACAAUUCUACAAAAUGGAGUUAAAAUGACAAAUGAGCCCCCCACGGGUCUCCGGCUGAAUCUCCUUCAGUCAUACCUCACGGAUCCUAUUUCUGAUCUCCAGUUUUUCAAAGGAUGUCCUGGGAAGGAACAGGUGUGGGAGAAGCUGCUUUUUGGAGUUUGCUUUUUUCAUGCCCUUGUCCAGGAGAGGAAGAAGUUUGGUCCUCUCGGGUGGAACAUCCCAUAUGGGUUUAACGAGUCCGAUUUGCGUAUCAGCGUCCGGCAGCUGCAGUUAUUUAUAAAUGAGUAUGAGGACGUUCCCUUUGAAGCCAUCUCUUACCUCACUGGUGAGUGUAACUAUGGAGGACGGGUGACCGAUGAUUGGGACAGGCGUCUCUUGCUCACCAUACUGGCUGAUUUUUACAACCCAGAAAUCAUCAAGAACCCACAUUAUAUGUUUUCUCCCAGUGGAAACUACUACGUCCCUCCCCGGGGGACCUACGAUGAUUACAUUGAAUUUAUCAAGAAACUUCCAUUCACUCAACAACCUGAGAUAUUCGGGCUGCAUGAAAACGUCGAUAUCUCCAAAGAUCUCCAUCAAACCAAAACCCUCUUUGAGUCUUUGCUCUUAACCCAAGGGGGGACCACCCAGUCUGGCUCCUCAGCAAGUGCCGACGCUACUCUGCUUGAAAUCACCCACGACAUUCUUGGGAAGCUCCCGUCGGACUUUGACAUCGAAUCAGCCUUAUUGAGGUAUCCUGUAAGAUACGAAGAAAGCAUGAAUACGGUCUUGGUGCAGGAAAUGGAAAGAUUUAACAACCUGAGCAGAACCAUCCGCCGCACUUUGUUCAACCUGGAGAAAGCUAUCAAGGGGCUGGUGGUUAUGGAUUCUGAGCUCGAGGCUUUGUCCGGUAGCCUGAUGGUGGGGAAGGUGCCAGAAACGUGGGCCAAGCGCUCCUAUCCCAGCCUCAAGCCCCUGGGAAGCUACAUCAUCGACUUCUUCUGCAGGCUGAACUGCUUACAGGUCUGGUUUGAACAAGGAAAACCCAGUGUGUUUUGGCUCUCAGGUUUCUUUUUCACCCAGGCCUUUUUAACUGGAGCCAUGCAGAAUUUUGCUAGAAAAUAUACGAUCCCAAUUGAUUUGCUGGGGUAUGAAUUUCAGGUGAUUCCGGAAGACACAGCCCAGGAACCACCCAUAGAUGGUGUUUAUGUCCACGGCUUGUACUUAGAUGGAGCCCGUUGGCAUAGAAGGAGGGGAUUGCUCACUGAACAGUAUCCUAAAAUUCUCUUUGAUUUGAUGCCCAUCAUAUGGAUAAAACCAACUGAGAAGUCCAAUAUCAAAAGGACCAAUGCCUACAUGUGUCCCCUCUACAAGACAAGUGAGCGGAAAGGGACCCUGUCCACCACUGGCCACUCUACCAACUUUGUCAUCGCCAUGAUGUUAGAAACAGACCUCCCUGUCCAGCACUGGAUCAAGCGAGGGGUGGCUUUGCUCUGUCAGCUGGAUGACUAGGUCGGGCGAAUCCGAGAACACCAGAGUAGCGUCAGAGGCCUCUGCACGUCUUCGGAUUCACUGAAGAAUCUGAGCCAACUUCCAAGAGUCGGUGUCUCAGUGCCCUUCCUGGGCACUUUAAAAAAAUGAGACUGAUAUUUAUAGGAACCUUUCCCCCUAGAAACCGCUGUGUUUAAUCUGGACUGUCACGUGAUUAGCAAGAUAAACUUGCUGACCUAUCACACUUUUGUGAUUGUGAAAAGAACUUUAAUCGUUGUUUUUAAAGUGUUACAUUCCUCC